GUGCGCCCAUCAUCUCCCUCCACUUUCCUCAAGAUCUGACAUCUGCAACCUGCGACCAGCCUCACUUUUCUGCCUACUUCAACCAUCCUCUGACUUGCACGCGACAACGUCAACCCACGUUCGUCAAGGUAUCUAUCAUCUGUCCUGUUGGGUUUGCAUCUUGUAUCAGUAUACAUUGCACCAGCCAUCAUGGGCAUAUCCGCGCGGUUAUUGCGCCUCGCGCGUCCGCAGAAAUUCCUGUAUACCAUGAACCUCUCUACCGGUGCCAGCCUCAUCACCCUAUCCUUGAUCCUCAACAAACUCUCCGGCUUGUAUGGCAUCCUCGCCCUCAUCACCGGCUACCACCUAUCUCCCUUUCAACUUUCCAUGUACACUUACAGCAUAUUGGCUCUGAUCCUUACCGUUUAUCUUGCUCCACAUAUCCGCAAGCAAUCACCUCUACAUUGUCUCGCUCUGGCCUGGUUCUAUGUCCUUGAUUCGAUCAUCAACGCUGCAUUUACUGCCGCCUUUGCCGUGAGCUGGUUCCUGGUUCUCGCCCAGCACAAUGCCGGGCAAGCAGAGAAGUCAGGCCCAGGAGCAGGAACCAUCGACGACACAGCAGGAUUCACCGACCCCAAACUCAACGUGAGCAGAGUCGAAGUCAUCGCCACCCCCCAGCCUGGCUUGACCGGAGGACAAGAUGCUGUUGCGGCCGCCGUGUCUGCGUCUGCCCCAGCUGGCACAUCAUCCAAGACUGGCACAUCGGGCGUCAAGGGUGCCGUCCUAUCAUCAGAAUCCAUGAAUUCAAUCGGAGUCAUCAUCGCUCUUUGGACCAUUCGUGCCUAUUUCUGCCUCAUCAUGCUCGCUUUCGCCAGGAUGGUGCUGAGACAAUAUAUGGCUAACUCGGCCGUCAAGGGUUCAGCCACAAACUAUGCAUCUGCAAGCACCAACUCCAGCCUAGCCGAGAACCCUUUUUCAGAAUCGAAGCCCGACGGAGAGGGUUGGAAGGGCAAGGCGGGUAGAUUUAUGGUCAGCAUUGGACGAAGCUACUGGUUGGGUUCUGACGAAGAUGAUUCAUGGAUGUAUGGGAUGAAGUUCCGUAAGUCUGGCGAAGAGAGUGGCGUGUUGCUCAACAAGAUUGGAAAUGGCCCGACAGAGAGGGAGCGAAGGCGACGCAGUGGUACAGGCCCUCCUAUUCCAGCGAGCACCGCUACGGCCAGCGCCAACAAACCUGACGGUGAUGGUAUGACGCUGCAGGUGCCUGAACGGGAAAAUAUCUAGACAGCGAGUGUGGAACGGAGUGAGUGUCUUAUCUCACAUUUAUGAAUGCCAUUCUGGGGUAUCUGAGGUUCUGGGCAGGCGUUCAAGUUCGCGGAACGGGAUGGGAUUGAACACCUUGGACGAUUUUACGUCGGCUUCUAUUAAUUCUGUCAAGAAGCCCUGUCAUCACUCUACAGCAUACUACGGCGCAUUCAGGAUAGUGACAGCAUGCAGAGGUAGGCUCUGUUGGACUAAACACUUAUGAUACAUGUACACAUCAAUCAUGGUAUAUCCUAAAGUAUAAGUCAUCUACACUCGUG